AUGGCAAAUAAGGCCAGAAGUGGAAUGAAACGGUGUGUCAUCAUCGAUAUGGCAAGAUAUAUUGAAGAACCAUCGAAUAAUUUUGUGCCGUUCUCUAUGUGGGGCAUUAUUGCGUUGUCAUCAUUAAUCAAAAAUAACUAUGAUGCAUGGGUGAGCAACAAGACUAUUAAUGGAGCCAUUAUGAAUUAUCAUGACGAGCUUAGUGUGAAGGCGAUGUGUGUGUGGAGGAUGCGUCACCAGCCUACAGAGGAGCAAGAUGACACGUUGUCUGGUCGUUGGUGUUGUUUUGCUAAAUCUCAAGAGUUCGGAUGUUGA